ACUCACGGCUCCCAACGCAGCUCAGCUCACCUCGGCCUGGAAGCCCGCCCCGGCGCCCCAACAGGGCCAGCACCUCGGCUGUUCGGCCCAAAGGCCGGGCGCUUCCCUAGGCACCUGCUGGAGAAGGCUAGUGUGUCUGCCUGUCUUCCCGAUCCGCCUGGGGGUUCCGCCAGCAUGGGCAUCCAGCCCGCUCCUCGGCCUCCGGGGGGACCCAACUCCGCGCAGCCUGCCAGGACCACAAGCGACAAGCGAUGGCUCCUGCUUUCCCGCGCUCUGGCCCUGCUCGAGUUAUGCCCUGGGACGGGGCUCCGCAGAGGCGCCCUGGGUGCACCCCAACGUUAGGGGGCGCGAACGCGGCUUCGGCAGCACCUAGCAGCCGGCGAAGGGAAGAAAAGUCCGGGCCAGGGGGACCGCGGAGCUCUCCGCGGGGGAGUGGGAGGGACGCUCCCCUUCCCUCCCUCGACGCAGGGAUCCAGGACCGACGCCCGCGGGCAAGGCAGCGGGCUGCGGAGAGGUGCGGCGGCGACACCCAUCGGGUCAGCUGCCCCAAGCCACACUGGUGGUGUGGGCUGGCCGGUAGGGAGACCCUAAGGUAGGACUCGGCACAACGCCCCCAAAGAGCCCAAGGUUUGGGGUGCGGAGGAAGGUGGUGCGACCCUCUGUCCCCGCCCCGGAGGCGGAGCUAAGGCCCGAGCCUGUGGAGACUGAGACCCGCGGAAAUCCUCCUGGAGCUCCCACCCCACCUCCAGCAGCCCGCACUCGGGUUCGGGGACAACGGCCCCCAGUCCCCGCGGCCUCCGGCCCCCGGCCCCGCGUAGGAGCGGGUGCAGCCUCCCCUCUGCGCUCCCAUCCCGGUGCAUUCCGUUGCCAAGGCCAUGGCGCGAGGAGACGCUCCGCAGGACAGCUACCACCUGGUCGGGAUCAGCUUCUUCAUCCUGGGGCUGGGCACCCUCCUUCCCUGGAACUUCUUCAUCACCGCCAUCCCGUACUUUCAGGGGCGGCUGGCAGAGGCCAACAGCACAGCUGGGACCCUGAGCACCAACCACACAGGCCCCACAGACACCUUCAACUUCAACAACUGGGUGACGCUGCUGUCCCAGCUGCCUCUGCUGCUCUUCACACUCCUCAACUCCUUCCUGUAUCAGUGCAUCCCUGAGGUGGUGCGCAUUCUGGGCAGCCUGCUGGGCAUCCUGCUGCUCUUCGCCCUGACAGCAGCGUUGGUGAAGGUGGACAUGAGCCCUGGGCCCUUCUUCUCCAUCACCAUGGUCUCUGUCUGGUUCAUCAACUCCUUCUGUGCAGUUCUGCAGGGAAGCCUCUUCGGGCAGCUGGGCACCAUGCCAUCCACCUACAGCACCCUCUUCCUCAGCGGCCAGGGCCUGGCUGGGAUCUUCGCUGCCCUUGCCAUGCUUAUGUCCAUGGCCAGUGGUGUGGAUGCCCAGACCUCUGCCCUGGGAUACUUCAUCACGCCCUGUGUGGGCAUCCUCAUGUCCAUCGUGUGUUACCUGAGCCUACCACACCUGGAGUUUGCCCACUACUACCUGGCCAAGAAGCCCUCACGGUCCCCAACUCACGAGCUAGAGACCAAAGCUGAGCUCCUCCAGGCUGAUGAGAAGAAUGGGAUUCCCAACAGCCCCCAGGUGGCAACUCUGACUCCAGAUCUUGACCCUGAGAAGGAGCCCGAGCUGGAACCAGAGCUAGAUGAGCCCCAGAAGCUAGAAAAACCUUCAGUCUUCAUUGUCUUCCAGAAGAUCUGGCUGAUGGCGCUGUGCCUUGUGUUGGUCUUCACAGUCACCCUGUCCGUCUUCCCUGCCAUCACAGCCAUGGUGACCAGCUCCACCAGUCCUGGGAAAUGGAGUCAGUUCUUCAACCCUAUCUGCUGCUUCCUGCUCUUCAACGUCAUGGACUGGCUGGGGCGGAGCCUGACCUCAUACUUUCUGUGGCCAGAUGAGGACAGCCGGCUGCUGCCCCUGCUGGUGUGCCUGCGCUUCCUGUUCGUGCCACUCUUCAUGCUGUGCCACGUGCCUGAGCGGGCCCGGCUGCCCAUCCUCUUCCCUCAGGACGCCUACUUCAUCACCUUCAUGCUGCUCUUCGCCGUUUCCAAUGGCUACCUGGUGUCCCUCACCAUGUGCCUGGCGCCCAGGCAGGUGUUGCCGCAUGAGAGGGAGGUGGCUGGCGCCCUCAUGACCUUCUUCCUGGCCCUGGGACUCUCCUGCGGAGCCUCCCUCUCCUUCCUCUUCAAGGCACUGCUCUGAAAGGCCUGUCAGGGCUCCUGGCAGCCCCCUUCUCAGCACCUCUCCGGGAGCCGAGACCCAGCCCAGAAGGGACGACAAGCUGAGCUCAGGCCUCUGCUGGGCAGGCUCUUGGCUGCAGGCGCAGGAGGCGGCAGAAGCCACUCUCCAUCCCUGGCUGCUGGCUACUUGGGGUUCUGCAAGAAAGAAUCCACCACAGAUCAUUCUA